GCUUGUGUCUUCUUCCCUCCGCGGUAGAACCAGCUAGUUCUGUGUUCAAAAUACACAGGGAGUGUUUCUGCUGAAGGGUUUGAAGACGCUCAAGCGUUUGGCACAACAAAAAAACUGAAAAUGGAGGGUGAAGGCCCUCACCAGUGAUUAACUCUGCAGUGUUAAUUGUGUGUGUGUAACAACGCAGCGUGUGGAGCCUGCACGGGGCUAUAUGUCAGCUGCUGUUGGAAUCCAGGCACAAAGUUGUUGCUGCCUGCUCUUUGUCUUCUGCCAGCGUCCCGAAGUGCUAAUUCGGCAUGUGUGUCACAGCCCUAAGAAGGGAAGAAACUACUGCCUUAAGUUGUCCUCCCAAAUGGCAGAAGUUGCUUAUACUGGUGACGAUCCGACUUUCUUCUCUUGACAGGUGCACCCUGAUGGUAAACAGCACCUGUGUUCCACGUGGGAGUGAAUGUACAGGUUGAAUAAUCAGCUCUUCUCUCCAGAACUCACGUUUUUUGCCCAUACUUCUGAUCCGACGCUUAGCAGGAGGGACUUCUGAGAGCUUCUCAGGACUUUUCUCACCACGUAAACGGAGGCCGUAGUUGUCGCUGCUGUUAUGUCCUGGCUACAAGUUGCCGUCGGCCGAUCCAGUGAGGAUAUAUUUGAUGAAGAUGCUGAUGAGAUGUAUGUGCUACGGAAAGAAUGGAACAGCACCAUGAAAAGAAGACUGAAGGAAGGCUACAGGGAUGGAAUUGAGGCUGGGAAAGAACUUGCACUCCAGGAAGGCUUCAAUCAAGGUUAUAGACACGGUGCUGAGCUGAUGGUGACUUGUGGCCAGUUCAGAGGAACCCUGAAUGCUCUCUUAUCCUGGUGUCACCUUAAUGGACAUGAUUCUGCCUUAAGUGAGAUAAAUAAUCUUCUCGAUGUGAUUGGAAAGCAUGAAGAAGAUGUGCUUGAGUAUCUGAAUUCUAUUGAACAACAGCCACACCUUGGACAAAUUUUAGAUUCUGUUGAGGACAUGGACCUUAAUCACACAGCUCCUGCUGGGACAGAGCAGGAGGAAGUUAAAGCUGGAAGACACAAAGACGUUGGCAGCUUUGGUGAAAACAUUUGUCGAAAUAAUGGUGAGGUUGGUUCCUUGCAGUGCAGCAAGGCAAAACUCUGCACGGAUCCUGAAAGGUCAACCCUUGCUUGGGUUAAAAAGCAGACUAUUUGGCUAGUGGAGCAACUGGGCUUAUCACUGGAUAUACUCCAUCACGUCCAGCAACUAGAACCUUAGUUUUUCUGUCUCGUGGUAUUUAAAAUUACCUCAAGAGGAUUCGAUUCUUGGUUUGUGGACCAUGUACAGGCUGAAGCAUCAAUUAUUUUUAGGGAAAUCUGAUUUUGGUACUUCCCAGUAGAGGUAAUUUCUGUAAAUCUUCACCAUGCUUUGGCUCCUGGCGACCCCCCAUCUUGCUUUCAAUCUUAAACAUAACUUCCACAGAAAGGGGAAAUUACUUUAAAAACUCCACAAAGAUUUACUAAACAUUUUUCUGUCUGUGUCAGAAGCUAGCAUUUCACCCUCGCUUUCUCUCUGGCAGCAGUUUGGAAAGCAAGUCCCUUAAAUAGCUUCUAAAUAGGUCCCCUCUAAUAUCUGAAAAAAAUAAAUGCCCAGUGCUAGGGAGAAGCUGUUCUUGCAGAAAAAGCCACUGUUGAUGAUGUGCUAACUCUAUGCAAAAUAGAACAGGAUUUGCUGCUGAUGUCUAGAGUGCUGUGACACUCUAGUUGCUGUAUAAAAUAUAGGAAUUUUUCACCUUUUGUCAAAUUCUUCCUCUUUUGUAACCACUAUGCAGCACCUUUUCAGAGUUAAAAACUAUUUUUUUUUCCUUGUACAGUUGUAUUUAUUUCCCUUAGGCUGACCACACACUAUUAUCUUCAAAUGUGGAAUUACUGACAAUUCCAUUGUUUUACUGUCCGACCAUGUGCUCUUAGCCUGUUAGACCACACUGAACAUAUUUCCAGGCUGAUGAACCUUGGUUAGUUUUGUAUUUAUUUUGCCGGUCCCUCUAGCCUGAACUCUUUCCCUCAUUCCCAUAGUUUUUUUUUCCCCCAAAAAAUCUUCAAGGAAGCCAGGCCUAUUCCCCUUCUCUUAAAAGCACGUUGUUAGCCACACGUGUGUAUUUCUGACAACUUGGUAUAUUGUAUUUGACUCCUUUUCCUGUUGCUUGCCUUACCUGUAGCUGCAAAUUGCUCUGGUCAGGAAGUCUUUUUCUUUGUGAAUGCCUGUCUCUGUUUUGCACCAAUUAAACUGACUUGCAGUA